AUGAAUAACAAAUAUUAUCAUCAACCUUCCUAAAAAUUUGAAAUCCUGGCCAUAUUAGAUAAAAGGGCAAAUCCUAAGAAUGGGAAAAUAGAAUAUUUAGUCCAGUGGAAAUAAUGGCCUCUAGAUUAUACAUGGGAGCCUAAAAAAAACAUUUAAAAUUUUAUUGAUCAAAAUGAGUUAUUUGUUGAUGAUGAAGACCUUAGGAGACAUUAUAAGGAAAAGCAAUAUCGAAGAAAAAUCUUAAGAGAAGAAAGAAAUAAUUAAGUUGAAAAGAUAUGCAAUAGUAUAGUUAAUCAUACUUAAAUUAAUACUACUUAGAAUAGAUAAAAUGAUAAUGAUUUACUUAGUAGUAUUGAUGAUUAUGAAGAAAAUAUAAUAUACGAGGAGAGCUUUGAUGAAUCGAAUUAUUAAGAAAACUGCAAGGAAUCAUGGAGCACAAAUCCGAAUACAUAAUAAACUAUUAGGAAAGAUGAAUUUUUUUUAUAAGAACCUGAUAGCUAUUCUAUGAAAAAGAUUUAAAAUAAAAAAGAGAUUAGUUCAUUAAAAAUAGAAAAUACUUUUAUCAACUCAAAGGCAUAAAAGUUUAAUAAAUCUUCUUCAGAAAUAGAUUUAAGUUAAAAUGAAGGAUCAUAAAAAGUUGAUUAAAUGAAUGAGUACUAAGUUAAUUAAGAUAAUUUUAAAACUGAGGGAUUUUCAGAAGAAAAUUUAUUUGAAAAUAAAUCUGCUUCCACUGAAUAAAUUCAAUUCUCUAAUGCUAAUGAUAGCUAAAAGCAUUAAAAAAUUGUUAGAAAGUAUUCAAAUGUGAUUUCAAAAGAUGAAGAAAUCGGAGAAUUUAUGAAAGAUGAAAUUUCAAACAUAGAAAUGGAAAUAAAAUAUUCAUUUAAGGUGAAUUGGAAAAGAAGAAGCAAUGGAGUCACUCCAUUGUCAAAAACAAUAGAAGUUCUUAGUAAAAAGCAUAUUUCUCCUUAAGAAAUGAUUGAUUAUUUAACUUAAUCAAAUUAAAUUAAUAAUGAAAUAGAUAAAAGUUAAAAAUGA